AGUAUAAUCACCUGCAGUGCUGACAUGGAUAUGUGACCGACCAAAAAAGCAAAGCAGUGAAAACAAUAGCGCCUUAAGCCAUAUCCGUCUUACCUUUCUGCAGCGUUACGUACUCUGCUGCGAUUGUUUGUUUGUUUUGUGGGCAGUGACAUGCGAAACCGACCUUCUUAGGAACGAUUUCAUGACUAACUGUUGCUAGUCCGUCUUCUUUGGUGUUAAAGGUUAAACAGCCUGUCAAGGAAGAGCUUUACACAGGGACGGCUGUGUCACAAACAGCCAAACAUGGGCUCCUGAGUUUCACCGACGUCUACAAGUGCUCUCAACAUCCAUUAAUGCGAGGAAAGUGGACAAAUCACAAGCUAAAAAUUAUUCUCUUGGGGUCUUGAGACGAUUGAAGUCAUAUUGAGCGGGGUAUGCAGUGGCUCCAAUGAACAAGAGAGCGGUGUACAAGAUGAAUUCAACAUCGGAUGACACUGGAGGUGGAAGACCUCAAAAAACUGCCGGCAAAGACCACAAAAAGCCCACAGCAGAAGCCUUGAGAGGGGCCAUUCAGCUUGGCAUUGGAUACACAGUUGGCAAUUUAACCUCCAAACCAGACAGAGAUGUUCUCAUGCAAGACUUUUACGUUGUUGAGAGUGCCUUUCUUCCCAGUGAAGGCAGUAAUCUGACCCCAGCUCACCACUAUCCUGACUUUCGCUUGAAAACAUAUGCGCCUCUGGCUUUCCGCUACUUUCGGGAGCUCUUCGGAAUUAAACCAGAUGACUACCUGUACUCUAUUUGUAAAGAGCCUCUGAUUGAGCUGUCAAACCCUGGAGCAAGUAGUUCUUGGUUUUACUUAACCAGUGAUGAUGAGUUCAUCAUAAAAACUGUGCAGCACAAAGAAGCAGAAUUUCUACAGAAGUUACUUCCUGGUUACUACAUGAAUCUGAAUCAAAAUCCAAGGACACUUCUCCCAAAGUUUUACGGGCUCUACUGCAUCCAGUGUGGUGGUGUCAAUAUCCGUUUAGUGGUGAUGAACAAUGUCCUGCCCCGGUCUUUAAGAAUGCACUACAAAUAUGACCUUAAAGGCUCCACGUACAAACGCAGAGCAUCACGGAAAGAGCGUGCCAAAACCUCUGCAACCUUUAAAGACCUGGACUUCCAGGAGAUGUUCGACGGUCUUUAUUUUGAUGCAGACACAUACAACGCUCUUAUGAAGACGCUUCAGAGAGAUUGCCGGGUGCUGGAGAGCUUUAAGAUUAUGGACUAUAGUUUGUUGCUGGGAAUCCAUGUUCUGGAUAGGAAGAUGAGGGGGAGAGGAGGCAGAGGCGACAGUAAACGUCAGGGUGGGCAGAAGGUCUUGUACUCCACGGCUUUGGAAUCAAUUCAAGGAGACGGAAAAGCUGCUGAGGUGCUCACUGACACAGACGAUGACUCAAUGGGUGGCAUCCCUGCUAAACACAAAGAUGAGAAGUUACUGAUCUUUUUGGGCAUCAUUGACAUUCUGCAGUCGUACAGAUUUAUAAAAAAGGUUGAGCACUCUUGGAAGGCUCUGGUGCACGAUGGCGUACGUAUUUAUUCUUACAAAACAUUUCUACUCCCCUUUGACAUUAUUUUGAUUUAUGCCUCUUUUAAAUGUUGUGUGCUACAGGACACAGUAUCCGUCCACAGACCUAAUUUCUAUGCUGACAGAUUCCUGAAGUUCAUGGGCAGCACCGUAUUUAAAAAGAUCCAUCCACUCCGUGGCGCCUCCUCUAGAAGGAAGAAAAACUCUAUCCGGCCAUGUAGGUCGGCCUCACAGGAAGCUCUGUCAACCUUGAAAGAAGAGAGUUUAGAUAGGAAGGCACAAAGUCUUGAAAACCUUGAUGAUGCAGAUCCGAGCUGCUCUCAGACAACUGGUGUCAUUCUAACCACCACCAGCAUCCAUCCAGCGUUUUCCGUGAACACCAUUUCUUCUUCUUCCUCUUUAGAUGAUAAGUGUGAACAGGAAGCAGACUCAGAGAGCAGAGAUCACAGAGCGUCCACCUCGACUCUUGCUUUGGAUGAUAGUGCUCUUCCAACCUCAAAUUCACAGGCAAGCACACCCGAGUCGGGUCUAGAUGUGUACUUGUGAUACAUCGAUUGGAAUGGACCAUCAAAACCUCUACAAGACUGAGAGGCAGUGGACAGAUGAAACAUUUUAUAUCAUUAUUAAAAUCAUUUCCUUUAAUAAUGGCAAGACUUGCCACUUGCUGUCUCACCAUAGACUUUUGCACAACCGAUUCUUGUAGCUGCUAAUACUCAUAAGAUUAUGAAAGAAAAAUCUUAUGUCUGAAACCGUGGCAACGCCAUUGCCACACUAUUGUAGUAUGUGCACUUUGUACCCACUUGCAAGCACAAGUUUAUCAUUUAACAUUAGUUACAAUCCGAUUACAGCAUAAAGCCUAAAUCUAAUGUAUGCAUUUGUUGGUAUGAUAUGUAAAAGGUGUAAUACCAGAUGUGUCCAGUAUAGAAAAUAUAAGUUAUUUAAUAAUUAUUCUUUUAUAAUUAAAAGUUAAUUAAUUAUUAUUAAUUAACUUAAUAAUCAUGUCGUAUUUUGUGAGCACUCCUAACUUAAAUUAUUUAAGUGAUUACUUUAUUCAUUUUAUUUGAUUGUUACAGUACAACGAUUAGUGCCAAAUAUUAUAAAUGGUGACAAAAAUGAACAUGAAGUUUGAUCAUUGAUUUUGAUACACAAUUAAGUCUAUGUUAUGAUCAAGAUACCCAUUAUAAUGUUUAGCUUGACUGUGUUAAGAUUUAUAUGGGUUCAACAAUGAAGAACUGUAAGGACUUUUUAAAAGCAUAAUAUAUUUUGAUUAGAUACAUUUAAUAUAUAACUUAAGUCUGCUACUAUGUAUAGUGUUUUACAGUUGCUCUUAUGCUAUUAAAAACUGCAUCUUACAAAUUGUUC